UAUUAUUUCCAAUUACAUAGUAACAAGUUGGUCCAUUGAAUUCCGAAUGUGUUAGUUGCUGUAACCAUCAAUUACGUUAGCGAAUUCAACAAACGUCACUUGAAAUAAUUGAUUGGUAGCUAAAGAACAAUGGGAUUUUUUGAAAUACUAUGCUUUAUUGCUACUACAUUCCUCGCUGUUUAUUAUUAUUAUUUUACAUCGAACUACGACUUCUGGAAAUCACGUGGUAUUCGCGGUCCAAAUCCAAAACCAGUUUUUGGUAAUAUUAAAGAUUUUAAUAUUAAAGAUUUUGUACUUAAUAAUAAGUUUAUAGGUGAUUAUUUACUGGAAAUAUACAAUAAGUAUAAAGAUGAAUCCGUGAUUGGAAUAUUCUCUGGAAUGACACCCAUUCUGAUUGUAAAAAAUCCAGAUUUAAUUAAGGAUAUUUUUAUCAAAGAUUUUUCUAAGUUCGUCGAUAGAGGACUUCCUGUCAGUGAAAAACAUGACCCACUGUCACAACAUCUUGUUGGUUUAGAGCCUAAAAAAUGGCGACCUUUAAGAACAUGUUUAUCGCCCAUUUUUACAUCUAGUAAACUAAAAGAGAUGUUCUUAUUAAUAACGGAAUGCGCUGAUCAUCUUGAACAAUAUAUAGAAAAAUUAGUGAGCAAAAAUGAACCUAUAGAAUGUCGCGAGGUAGCGGCAAAAUAUUUGACCGAUGUAAUCGGUACUUGCGCAUUCGGCAUCGAAAUGAAUGCUCUAUCAGAUGAAAACAGUGAAUUUCGUAGGAUUGGAAAAAUGUUCUUCACGCCAACCUGGAAAAGUAAUUUACGGUUGAGUAUAAGACGAUACAUGCCACAACUUUUCAAAAUAUUCAGUUAUAUGAUACCACGAACGGAGGUUACCCAAUUUUUCACACGCCUUGUCAUGGAUACAAUAAAUUAUAGAGAAACCAAUAAUAUUAUUAGACAUGAUUUCAUUGAUAUUCUGCGCGAAAUGAAAAAGAAUCCAGAUAAAUUGGGCGAUAUCGAGAUGACCGAUAGCUUAAUAACUUCUCAAGUGUAUGUAUUUUUCGUUGCCGGUUUUGAAACUUCAUCGUGGGCCAUGAGCCAUGCACUUUAUGAAUUAGCAUUAAAUCAACAAAUACAAGACAUGCUACGUGAGGAAAUUCAAGAGUAUACUAAGCAUGGUAACAAUUUAACAUAUGAGAAAAUUAAAAAAAUGAAUUAUUUGGAUAAAGUUUUCAAAGAGACUGUACGAAAAUAUCCAGUAGCGACACAUCUUUCAAGAAAAUCGAUGUCAAGUUAUACUUUUAAUAAUACUUCAUUUAAUAUACCAAAAGAUCAAAUGAUAUGGAUUCCGAUGUUCGCGAUUCAUCGAGAUCCGGAUAUUUAUCCGAAGCCAGAUGUUUUUGAUCCAGAAAGAUUUAAUGAUGAAGCAGUACAAGCCAGACAUCCGAUGCAUUAUUUACCUUUUGGUCAUGGACCGAGGAAUUGCAUUGGUUCUCGUUUUGCCAUUUAUCAAAUAAAGAUUGGUCUUGUAAGGAUACUACAAAAUUAUAAAGUUGAGGUCUGCGAUAAAACGCAAAUACCCUACAUAAUUAAUCCCAAAGCAACUGUGUUAGCAUCAAAGCAUGGAAUACAUUUGAGGAUAACUAAAAUUAAUCAAGUUUCAGUAAUCAAUCAUCUUAGUUUAAGGGUCGGCUAAGGCAAGAUAAUGAUGAAGAAACAAGGAUAAUAAUAGUUAUUAUCUAAUCAUCGUAUUCAAUGAUGUAUAUGUCAUAUACAUCACAUAUAAUGUUAUGUACGUCAUUAAUGUCGCAUUCGUAUACUAAAUAUCACAUU